CAACGAUCACGUGCUCGUAUUCACUGUCAUGAAGGACGGAAGAAGAUCGUGUGUCAUUCUUGAAUCGUGUGAAGUAUGAAGGUUUCACUAGGCCACUUCUAAACUUUUGACACAUAUGCAACAACAACACUAACAAAAUGACCAAAAAUUUGGAUAUAGACAAGAUUAUUUAUCAGCUGCUAACAUACCAAGAUGCACCAGGGAAGCAGGUCCAGCUGCCCGAGUCCCAGAUUAGACAACUAUGCCAGCUUUCCAGAGAAAUAUUCAUGGAGCAGCCAAACCUGCUUGAGCUAGAAUCUCCUAUCACCAUUGUAGGGGAUAUACAUGGACAGUACCAGGACAUGAUCUCGCACUUUGAACGUAAUGGUUUCCCUGGAGAGGCUAACUAUCUGUUUCUUGGGGACUAUGUCGAUAGAGGCAAGAGAUCUUUGGAAACAAUUUGUCUUUGUUUAGCAUACAAAAUCAAGUAUCCAAAAAAUUUCUUUUUACUGAGAGGAAAUCAUGAAUGUGCCUCAAUUAACAGAAUCUAUGGAUUUUAUGAUGAGUGUAAAAGAAGAUACAAUAUCAAGUUAUGGAAAACAUUCACAGACUGUUUCAACUGUUUACCACUGGCUGCCAUAGUAGAAAAUACAAUAUUUUGCACACAUGGUGGUUUGUCUCCAGAUAUGACUGACCUAGAUCAGAUCAGAAAUAUAGAACGACCCUGUGAUGUGCCUGACAUGGGACUAGUGUGUGAUUUGAUGUGGUCAGACCCAGAUGAUGAUAUAACUGGUUGGGGUGAGAAUGACAGAGGUGUGUCUUUCACAUUUGGAGGGGAUGUUGUCGACAAAUUCCUGGAAAGACAUAACUUAUCCCUCAUAGCUAGAGGUCAUCAGGUGGUAGAAGAUGGAUAUGAGUUCUUCAACAAAAGAAAACUGGUGACACUCUUCAGUGCUCCCAACUAUUGUGGGGAGUUUGACAAUGCUGGUGCGAUAAUGGUGGCUUCAGAGGACCUUAUGUGCUCAUUUAGUAUACUAAAGCCUGCCAAAGGAAAAACAGUAGCUGUCAAAAAGUGAAUAUGUUCAACAGAAUUAAGAUGUUCCUCGCCUGAAGAAUCCUUGGCCAAAGCUCAAAGUAUUAUUAUAAAUAACAUUUUGAAAUAAAAUCUAAUAUGUGGAGGUUGUUACCACUCACCUAUGGAAUCAAACAAUUUACCUGGUAUUAAGACAUAGGUGUUUAAGGAUCCUGUUCAAUCUUUUUUGUGGUAGUAUAAUGUUUACUUUGUAGAAAAUAGUAAAUGAGUUGGCAGCUUAUUUGCCUUUCUACAGGCACCUGCAUAGAUAUCAGAGAUAAUGAAACAGAUUUGUUAUAGAUUUUUAUAGAAGUUCCUGUUAUUUUUUUUGCCAUAUCCAUAUUGUAUAGUCUUCAUACUCAUUUAUACAGACAUGUAAACUAAAUUUUAUUGUUAAGAUUUUGUCUGGAGUUUUGUCUCUCCUGAAGAGUUGCAAUGUAAAAUACAUCCUUUUAAUGUAUUGUCCCAUCAACUUUUCCAUGUGUUGGUUAUCUUUAGUGUUGGAAGAUUGUAGAGCUUAAAUCUUUUGAGUCUAUGAAAAUUGCAAAAUUACUCUUAUCAAACUAAAAUGAAUUAUGUACCAUUGGCUUUGAAAUACUUUUACCUAAACGAACAUACAAUUAAUUUACCUUUCAAACAUUCAUUAGUAUGAUAAAGUCCUGCAGAAAUGAACUUCAAAAUCACUACUGCUAACAUGCCCAUAAAAAGGUGUUUAAAUUUCUUUGACAUUAAUGAGCUGGCCAUUAAUCAUGAGGACCGUUAAUGGUAAAAUCCUUUGAGAUAAUGACCAUAAUAUUUCCAUGAUAAUUACAAAUAGUUAUUGGCCAUUAUUAAAUUCCCUUGCUUCUUUUUAGUUAAAAAAUACAGAUAAUGAUCAUUACUCUCUCUUUAAUCCAAUUUUGGCAUUAAUGUGAUAUAUAAAUUACUAUUAAUUCCAGAUGUCCAUGAAGACAAGGCCAUUAGAAGUACAUAAUGGGGCCCAUUUGAAUGUUUUCAUGAUCAAGAUUAAUUGGAAUCAGUUUUAACACUUAGCCAUUGAUCUUGGGCAUCAAUGACCAAUAAAUCCAAACCACCUAUUGAAGUAUUAAAUGCACCAUUCUUUAAUCUUAUAUAUGGCAAUAAAUCAUGGAAAAAUAAAUAAUGGCACCUUUAUAUAUUUACUCAUGUAAUAUUUUGGAACAUGUAAAUGGCAUUUUUUUCUUUCUUAUGAAAAUACAAGAAUGAUAUAGUUCAGAUCUCAAAUCCGAAUAUAUUGAAUGGCCAUUACAAUUGUUAUCAAUAAUAAAAAGUAAUAGUUAGGAUACAUAAAAUAAAUCUGGAAAAGCAAUUGUGAAGAAAUGGAAACAUUUCCAUAGACAAUCAUGAGCUUUUUAUUUUGAAGCCACUUAAGUUUUUUUUAUAUUAUACAUAUUUGAUCCACACAUAAAAUUAUUUUUAAAAAUGAAAAGGAUUUCGUCAUAUAUACAGUGUGGACUGAUUAAAUGGUCAAUUUGCAGCAGAAAUGGUCAUGCAGAUAGAUGUAAUAAAUUUUCAAAACAUUCAUGACCAUUAAAUACAGAAAAUAAUUAAUUUUGGCCAUCAAAUAGACAAAACAAAACCCAAUGAGCAUUAUGAAUUUCACAUAAAAAAAAAAAACCAUGAAGAGCUAGGAAAAAUGACAGAAAGUGACCAUUAUUUUUGAAGUAAUUGCAAUUACUGGUAUCUAAAAUAAUAAAAAUUUGCCAAAUACAAGAGAUUUUGAAUGCAAUAUUAAUUGGUAAGAUUGGUAGUGUUUAAUGAAGAUUAUACAAAGCUUAGUCAAUAUUUAAACACAUUGAAACAUACAUAUGGGCUAACAGAGCUUAUGUCAUGGUACACUAUCCAUAGAAAGCACGCUUGCAUUUCACCAAGAAGGCUCAUUUCGUCAUUCAAACAUUAAAUGGGAUAAAGUCACUUGCCCAAUCAGAUGGGUUUCUCCAGGUAAUCUGGCUUCCUUCCAUCUCGGCAAACAUUAGUGGCAAAGUUUAAUAACUGUUGGAAAAUAAAAAAAGUUAAAGUAGCUUUUCUCAAGAAAGACCGCUACUACAGAACUGAUGACGGCAUGACAAAGCAAUAGCAGUUGAGUAAUACAUGCACCUUGGGCAUAUUGUUCAUUUUAAAAUUAAGUGUCAGAUACAUUAUUGUUGUUUUUUCAUAAUCUUGAUAGGUUCUGUUAAGUAAAAAUACAUUUACAUCGAUAUCGUACAUUUAAUUUAUCAAAGCAGUCACUUUGUUCAGCCGAUUGCAUCUUUUCCAUAGUAAAUUUCUAGACUGCUGAAUGUUAUUUUAUGAAACUCUAUGAAUUUGUUUGAGGCUGCUUUGGAACUACAAAUAUAGAACCAGCUGACUGAAUAUGUUGUAAACAUUUCAUUUUCACCCUUGAAUGACAGGGGAGUUUAACACCAGUAAAUAUUUAUAUAAUCAUAAAUUGUUGUGAGCAGUACCAGUAAAUAUUGCAUGUGGUAAUUUAAGCAUGUUUUAAAUUGCCAAAUGACAAGGCAAAUGGGGUUGAACAUGUUACGGUUGACAAUAAGGUCUAUGUACACCAAUCUUCCCAACAAGGUAUCGGCAAAAAAGUCAGCAACCCUUACGUGGACUGACAGUCUAAAGAUGGCUAAUUUGCUCAUGCAGUUCUUUUUUCUUCCAGUAUGUUUCAAGUUUUCUUUAUGGAUACUUGACUUUGUUAAGCCCUGCAAAUUUAAAAGGUAUUCUGUGGGCAUAUGAAAUGCUUAUCAUUUACAAAACCAACCAAUAGUGUUUCCGGAGUGAAUACGUGUGCAAGAUAGGUGAUAAAUUGAAAGAAAUGUUAAAAUCUGAAUGAAACCGUAACUUGCAUGAGAGUAUCCAAAAGAAUUCGGAAAUAUUUGGACACUUGUUUAGAUAUUUUGUAGUCAACAUCCAUUAUGGUAAAUUAAAGCACUCCAUGUAAUGGCCGAUUUAGGAGCAGGCUAACAAUUCUGUUUGCAUUUUUUGUUUUUACUGUCUUUAUAGGGAAUUCUUUGCUUUCACUUUAGAAUUGUAUUUAUCUUAACUAUAACAAUCCGUCCAGUUGAAGCCAAUGAACAUUCUGUGAUCUCUAUUUUGUCUUUGUAUCCAGUAAGUGUACAUGUAGUAAAGUUUGUAUUUUUAAAAUGUUAAUUACAUUUGUAGAUUUGUGAUGAAUCAAUAUGGUUUCACAGAAGUCUCAUGCAAACAACAAAGCAAACCUGGAGGCCAAAACAAAACAAGUGAUUCAAAAUAAUUACAAAGUAGGAUGAGUAUAGCUGUACAUAUGAACUUUAUCAAAUGGAGAAAUAUUUUACCAUAUUGUUAUACCAGAAAUUUGGAAAUAUUCAUUUUUCCUUUAUCAAUUUUAAUAGUAUGUAGUAAUGACUGGAUAUUAUUGUUGAAUAAAUGUUUUUAUUAAAUA